GAUAAUUUGACGGAAAAAGUCAGACUGUAUACAGCAAAUAAUCAAUUUUCUACAAUUUUUAUAAACGCUUUCUACAAAAUAUAAAAUAUACCCUUAUUUUCAAUUGCAAUGAUGGCUCGAAGAAAAAUACGCGCCAAAGGAGACCACACUAUUGAAGAAUGCAACCAUACAGUAAAUAGUGUUCCUAUUCACUAUCAUCCUCCAACUGCAAAAGAAGGUAAACCACAGAUUACCUUAGUUUCCGGAACCGGAAAAUGUGAAAGCAUUAUCAUUCCAAGUCGAGAGCCACUCGCCAUUCCUGGCAUCUUAGAAAAGAAAGAUUUCGAACGUCUUAAAAAACAAGCGAAAGUAUUAUCAAACGAGGAAAGAAACGCGCUCCUUAAGGAAGCAGAACAAAGGAAAAAGCAGCAACAUGUUGAUUCAGAUAAACGAAAAGAACUGCUACGAAAGUUACAUAAUAAAGCACCGGAAAAAGGCUCAAUCUUAGAUGAAGCAGAAAUGGAAGCUACCAAAAAGAAUCAGUACAUGUUACAACGUGCACGAGAACUGCGACAAGAGCAAGAAGACGAAGUAAAAACUUUGAAUGGAAUUAUAUUAGCUAGUAAAUGUUUGGCAAUUCGAGAAGCUCAAAUUGCGGAGAAAAAGAUUAUAGCGAAAGAACUCGAAGAUGAAGAACGUCGUUUAGAUUUGAUGAUGGAACAGGAAAGACAACGUGCCAUGCAGGAAGAAAAAGAAAAGCAGAAAGAAAUCGAACUGCGUAAUCGUCAAUUUGUUGGUCAGGUAAAAGAACAAUUGAAAGUGAACGAAAUUCAUGCACUCAUAGAUCGCGAAAAACGUGAGGAAGAAGCAAGAACUAGCAACAAAUUACUGAUUGCGUUCCAAAAGGCACAACUGGAAGAAAUUCAGGAAAAGAAAAAGAAACAAGAGCAAACCAGGGAAGAUUUGCGUAAAGCAAACGAAUCUGCAACAAAGUUUAAGCAAAUGAAGGAAGAAGAGGAGCGAAUGAUAGAUCUUCGCUUAAAACAAUUUAUGGAGCAAAAGGAAAAAGAGGAAGAGGAACGGAAACAGCAACAAGCCAUAUUAAAACAAUGUAAAGAUUCAGACAUUCAACGGCUUGGCGAAAAAGUCAGAGAAAGCGAAUUGUUGGCGAUUAAAAGGGAGGAAAUGAAUGUCUUUCGAUUACAUGAAGAGGCAGAGCGUGACUGGCGUAAGAAUGAAAAAGAAAAAGCGAUUAAACGAAAAGAAGGCAUUGAGAAACUGCGCAUCGAACGCCAGAAACAGAUUGAUGACAUUAGAGAAGCUCAGGCAUUGGAGAUCGCCAGAGACCAGGAACAAUUUUCUAAUGUUUGUAAGAUACAACGCAAACAGUACGAACGCGAGAUAGAAAAACGCAAGGAAGAUAAACUCAAAGCCGAGCAGAAUCGCCGCGAGCUUUUAAAACAAGUUAACUUUAAAGAAAAGCAACGCAUUGAUCGAAGACGGCUUAAAAUGGAAGAAGGCGAAGCCAUGCGUCUUGAGGACGAGCUGCGCAAGGUGGACUUAUUGGAAACUUUAGAACGCAAACUAAAUGCACUCGGUGAGAGCAGCAUCCCGGAACGGACGAUUCAGGACAUCAGACGUCAGGCCGAGAAGAAGAUCAAAGCACACCUCCUGUGAGCAUCCCGAUACGGCAAGAAACAAAUAAUUCGACCAAAAACCAAAUUCCUAACUAAUCCAAUUAUAAAAGACACAAAAAAAGUAACAAACAUUUUCUUCUUCAAUAAGAAUUAAUCUAAAGGCAAAGAAUUUUUUUCAAAUAAAUUUUUUAAUGAAAAACAACUAUAAAUAGAAAGUGCUAAUAACGCAAUAAUUAAUACACAAAAUAAACAAGAAAAAAUGUAAAAUAAAAAAAAGCGUCGAGACACUUCCAGGCCUGCAACAAUAUCAACAACUGAUAAUUAAAUAACGAUCAUAUUAUUGCAAACGUACUAGAGGCAGGAUUUAAAUUAACAGAUCGAUUACUUACUAAUAAGCAAGCGAUAAACAUUGUUACGCUUGAAUUAAAACUUCCUAGAAAGAGUACACACUAUUGUUUUUCAAUAUUGGGCACACGAUAAUUAUAUAAAGAUAAAACUGCAAGUGCAUAAUAAAUCAAACAAAUACAAACA